CCUUCCUUCCUUCCUUCCUUCCUUCCUUCCUUCCUUCCUCCCUUCCUCUCAGGAUGGGCCAGGUGGCCUGGCGGGCGCUCUGCCUCUCUCUCUUUGACUACAAGACGGAGAAGUACGUGAUUGCCAAGAACAAGAAGGUGGGCAUCCUCUACCGGGUGGUCCAGCUCUCCAUCAUGGCCUACGUCGUCGGGUGGGUCUUUGUGGCCAGGAAGGGCUACCAGGAGGUGGACGCCUCCAUCCAGAGCUCGGUCAUCACCAAGGUCAAGGGGGUGGCCUUCACCAACUCCUCCGGGAUGGGAGAGCGCCUCUGGGACGUGGCCGACUACGUGGUGCCACCACAGGGCGAAAGCGUCUUCUUUGUCAUGACUAACCUUAUCGUCACCCCAAACCAGUGGCAGAGUACCUGCCCAGAGAGUGCUGGCAUUCCAGAUGCCCUGUGUUACCACCAGAGCGACUGUCCUCGGGGCGAAGCCGUCGUUGCUGGCAAUGGGGUGAAGACGGGGCGCUGCAUGAAGGAAGGAAGCAGCCGGAGCGGGACCUGCGAGAUCCUGGCCUGGUGUCCCCUGGAAGAGAAGAAGAGCCGGCCCAAGAAACCUCUCCUGGCCAACGCUGAGAAUUUCACUGUUUACAUCAAGAAUUCCAUCCGUUUCCCCCGCUUUAAGUUCUCCAAGACCAACGUGCUGGAGACCAAGGAUGGCAACUACCUGAAGGGCUGCCGCUAUGGGCCCGAACACCCCUACUGCCCCAUUUUCCCUUUGGGGGAUCUCGUCCGAUGGGCCGGGAGCGACUUCCAGGAAAUGGCCUCCGAGGGCGGCGUGAUUGGGAUCCAGAUUGAGUGGAACUGCGACCUGGACCGGGCUCCUUCUCAUUGCAACCCACAGUAUUCCUUCACCCGCCUGGACAACCGCUUUGCUGCCAAAUCCAUCUCCUCCGGGUACAACUUCAGGUUUGCCAAAUAUUACCGGGAUGCGUCUGGCGUCGAUUUCCGCACCUUGAUCAAAGCCUAUGGGAUCCGCUUUGAUGUCAUGGUCAACGGGAAGGCAGGGAAGUUUAACAUCAUCCCAACGAUCAUCAACGUAGGAUCAGGCCUCGCCUUGAUGGGUGCGGGAGCUUUCUUCUGCGACCUGGUGCUGCUUUACCUCCUCCGGAAGAGCAAUUUUUACCGAGGCAAAAAAUACGAGGAAGUGAGGAAGCCUCUCCCCGAAAGCAACGUCAAUGGGAACCAAAGCUCCGACUCGCUCUCUCGCUUGGAUCAGCUCAGAUCAAUGCAAACCAUUGAGACUUAAAGGAGGCUUUGCUCUAUCUUUUUUUUACAACAAAAUGCAAAAAAAUUAAAAAAUAAAUCCAUAUAUGUAUAUAUGAAUCAAUAUAUAUCGAUAUUUCGGAAGAUCUUGGUCAAGUCAACCAAUGGGUUGAGCUGGAUUAUUUUUGCAACAGAGGCAACCCAGAACCAACGAGAAAAACAGAGGAAUAAUACCAUUCGGGAAAAUGUGAAUAAUAAUAAUAAUAAUUUGCCUUGCAAUUUUUUCUGCCAUUUGUUUGAAUGGGAGCGACCUCGGAUGAACUCUUGCACUUUGGAAAAUAUUCAUCGCCAUAUUAUUACGAUCAUCAUCUAAGGGAAAUGGACUAGAUGGCCUCUGGGGUGCCCCCUAACUCUUAUGACCUUAUGAAGGCAUUGGGAAUAGCCAGGCAUUACUCGGCUGCCUCUUUACCUCCUUGAUGCUGCGUUUCCUUUUGGCCAUCUGCCAGGAGGGCUUUGAAGCUGCUUUGGAUGCAUGAAGGCAGAAGAAGGGCUGGACUGGAUGCCCUUUGGGACCCUUCUCAACUCUUGGGAUUCAAUGAAACCUUGCCAAGAAAACCACACACACCCACACACACACACACAUAUAUGUUAAAAAUUACCUUCUUGUUUCUCAGGUAUCUUCAAAAUCCCAAUGAGCAAAAAGAAUAAUAAAAUAGCCAUUUGCUUCUACAGAAAAGGGCUGUCCCACGCAAACGUCGUCUCAAAUGGUAAACUUGGUUUGGAAACAUGGAAUCGACUCAAAACCCGCCAAAUCAUAAUCAUAAU